UCUUAAAGAAAAUUAUUUUCAAAAAAUAUUUUAAAAAACGAUAAAAAAUUUCAAGUUUGAUACUAAACAAGCUCUUACUUUCUUAUGGCUCUCAGUCGAAGAGAGCAAGUCUGUGUUUGGACACCUCAUCUUCUAGCCUUGUUCCAAAGUCACUUAAUAUUUUGCUUGAGAGUUAGGGAUCUGUGGCGAAUUCGGUUCCAACAGGACUCAAGUCAGUCAGUCUCUCUCUCUCUCUCUCUCUUCCCACCAAUUAAAAGCCCAGAACCACUCCAACGCCAGCAACGACCUCAGUCAGUCAGUCUCCCUCUCUCUCUCUUCCCACCAAUUAAAAACCCAGAACCACUCCAACGCCAGCAACGACCUCAGUCAGUCAGUCUCCCUCUCUCUCUCUCUUCCCACCAAUUAAAAACCCAGAAACACUCCAACGCCAGCAACGACCUCAGUCAGUCGGUCUCCCUCUCUCUCUCUCUUCCCACCAAUUAAAAACCCAGAACCACUCCAACGCCAGCAACGACCUCGGUCAGUCAGCCUCCCUCUCUCUCUCUCUCUCUGCACAUGCUUCUUUCUUCCCCGUCUUCGCGCCUGUAUUAGCCGCCAGACCAUAUACUCUCUCCUCAGUCUCCUCCGCCUGAUCAGCGGCAAAGCCCAAGUCUUCUUCCCCGUCUUCAAAAUGUCCCAACCGGCCACCGCCCCGGACCACCAAUCCUCCGGCCCGACCCCUCCACCGUUCGACCCUACCCAACCCGCUGUUCCCAUCUCCUACCCGAUCAAAACCCUGGAAGAGCUCGAGUCCAGGUCCUACUUCAAGUCCUUUCACUACCCUUUUAACAAAUCCACGGUUCCUCUGCAAUCUGGGUCGCCUUCCCUGUCGCUGCCCGACAGGCCCAGAGUGAUUGUCUGCCAUGACAUGGCGGGCGGCUAUGGCGAUGAUAAGUGGAUCCAGGGAGGGACCAAUCCGAACGCGUAUGCAAUAUGGCAUUGGUAUUUGAUCGAUAUAUUCAUCUACUUUUCGCAUAGUCUUGUCACUCUUCCGCCUCCAUGUUGGACUAAUACUGCUCACAGGCAUGGAGUUAAGGUGUUGGGGACUUUCAUCACAGAAGGGGAUGAAGGGAAGCUUAUUUGCAACAAAUUGUUGUCGACAAAAGAGUCUGCUGAAAUGUAUGCUGAGUUCUUGGCGGAGCUUGCCGUUGCGUUGGGCUUCGAUGGAUGGCUGAUCAAUAUGGAGGUUAAGUUGAAUUCGGACCAAGUCCCUAAUUUGAAAGCAUUUGUCAGCCAUUUAACCCAGACAACGCAUUCCUCUGUGCCUGGCUCUUUAGUGAUAUGGUAUGAUAGUGUUACAGCUGAUGGUGAACUGUACUAUCAAAAUCAACUGAAUGAAAAGAACAAACCUUUCUUUGAUAUAUGUGAUGGAAUUUUCGUGAACUAUAUAUGGGAGGAAAACUAUCCGAGGCUUUCAGCAGCUGUUGCUGGUAACAGGAAGUAUGAUGUCUACAUGGGAAUUGAUGUGUUUGGAAGGGGCACUUUCGGUGGCGGACAAUGGAAUACAAGUGUUGCACUAGAUGUGCUGAAAAAGGAUGAUGUAUCAACGGCCAUAUUUGCUCCUGGAUGGAUCUAUGAGACUAAGCAACCACCAAAUUUUCAGAUUGCUCAGAAUCAUUGGUGGUCCCUUGUGGAAAAAUCAUGGGGAGUGGUACAAAAUUAUCCUAAAGUGUUACCAUUCUAUACAAACUUUGAUCAGGGUUAUGGAUAUCAUGUUUCUGUCGACGGAGAGCAAGUAUCAGAUGCGUCUUGGUGUAACAUUUCUUCCCAAGGGUUGCAGCCGUUCCUAGAGUUCAGUGGCAAUGCAACCCCAGAUGGCAUCCAGGUCCAUGUUGAUUUCAAGGAAGCAUCUUAUAGUGGAGGAGGAAACAUCACAUUUAAAGGAAACCUUGAAGACUCUGAUAAUUUAUCGACAAGGCUCUUUCUAGGAGAUCUUCUUUUGGGGGAUUCACCUCUCCAUUUUACGUAUUCUGUGAUAUCGGAGAAUAAUUCUCAACUAGGCUUGCAUCUUAUAUUCUCCUCUACCCCGAACGAAAGAAAGUCGGUACUUCUUGUAAACUGGAACCUGAACCAAUUCUCAAGCAAAUUUGAUAAAGUGAUAAUGACACGUCAACUUGAAACACCAGGAAUUUCCCCUGGAUGGGUCAUGCAGGAGAGUAGCAUCCGAAUGAGUGGAUACAGACUAACAGAAAUACAUGCUCUGUGCUAUAGGUCGAAGCCUGAAUUCAACGAAAGGAUACUGAAGUCCAUAGCAGAGGAGGGUACUCAGAAUUCAACAGAGUACUAUGCAGUGCUUGGUCAUAUUUCAAUUAAGACUGGUGGGCAGACUUCAGAUUUUCCGCCUUCUGAUUCGUGGCUUGUCGAAGGUGAAUAUAUCAAAUGGACAACAGGAUCUGAGGGUUCCAAGACCGUUAGUCUUAAAAUCACUUGGAAAUUGAAAGACGGGAACGAUUAUCCAGCCACAAAUUACAAUAUUUAUGUUGAAAAACUAGCAAAAGGAGCACUUGGCCAUCCAGGAGCAGCGCUAGAAAGGGUGCAUGAGUAUAUUGGAGCGGCACGAGUGGAAGCUUUUUACGUCGAUGACCUCGCAGUCCCUUCUGGCACUUCUGACAUCAAGUUUAUCGUUCAAGUGUGUGGUACCGACGGGAGUAACCAGAAACUAGACGACUCGCCUGUGUUUCUACUUGAGGCUGCAGCUUUGGCUAACGAGUUGUAAGUUUGAAUUAGUGAUCGUGUGAGCUAGGGUGAAUAAUUUUGUCAGCGUGAUAACACGAUGAUGCUGCCAUUUGCUAGCUUUAAUCAAAUAUGGUAAUUAAA